CUCAAUUAAUUAUAUUUAAGGUGAUUUAGAUUUUUUGAAACGAUCUCAAGAGACGGUAUGACAACUCGAUUGAAGAAUAAGAUUAAGAUAUGUGCUUGGCUGCUUUUUUCUGCCAGUUGCUUGACUUUUGGUGUUUUCAAUUUGUUGCCAUGUACAGCAGUCUCGAAUGACAGGACUCUAGUGUAUACGUGCCGACAAGGGGUUGUAUGUGGAGGCUGGGCCGACAGACAAAAGGGUUUAAUAGCUGUUUAUCUAUUGGCUAAUGCCACCCAAUCCGGAUUUAAAAUAGAGAUAGACAAACCGUGUGACGUAACAUCAUUUUUACAACCCAAAUCGCGAGACUGGAGACUGGAUAAAGAGAAGACAAAGAAUCUGUGUACAGAAGAACGAAAUUUUGUAGACAGCUACGGGAGAGAACUCCGUCAAAAUAUAAAAACCAACAACAUUUCACGUUUCUUUAAUAAGGAUAUUAAUUAUUUAACAAUAAAUAGUGAAUUUAGUCAUUAUAUUCGACAAAACAAACUUCACAGACACAAUUUAAAAUGGUUAGAAAAACUUAGCAUGGGCCAAAUAUUUGCUACAAUUUGGCAAGAAAAUAUGUCACUUACCGCAGACUUGGAACGAAGCUAUCAAAACUUUAUGAAAAGAACUAAUGGCAGGAAACUGGUUUGCGCUCAGGUUCGAAUGGGAGGUAACCCGUCUAUGCCUAACGAUUUACGCAAUCGAAAUGAUAUGGAUCACGUGAUUGAUAUUUUAGAUUUUUUUCGAAAGUAUGAUGAUCCUAAGCUGUUUAGAAUAUUUGUAACAACUGAUGCUGAACAAGUCAGAGUAAUAGUGAAGCAAUCAUUCCCAGACGUGGUCAUGGAUACAGAAGGUGUUAUAGCACACGUGGACCAAGAAAAGGACCAACAGAAAUCUUGUGAGGGAUUUAAGAAAGUUAUUUUAGAUCAGCAUAUUUUAAGUACCUGUGAUGUGUUGGUGAUUAGUUAUAGUGGUGUUGGGCGUCAUGCUGCCUGGGUGCGAGGUACACCAACAGACUUGUUUUGCUUUAUUGGUGGGAACGUUAUUCCAUGUAAUUUCACUCAUGAUUUGUUUCAGCCUUCCGUCUGGUGAGGUCCAACCAGACCGUAGUGAUGCUGUCUGGGCAAAAUUCCCCUCAUAGCUCACUGUAUGGCGUAUGCCUGUCUUCAUUAGCCCAGUUUGGAGCAUAUCAGGAGGAUGUUGUUAAACCCCAUUUCAUUUCAUUUUCUUCUAGGACAAUUCGUCCCUUAGGACAGUUUGUCCCUGAACAACAAUAAUGGUAGUACCAUUAUCAAAAACUGAAUUAAUCUUUACUUUUUAUCCUAAACUUCAGUUUUGAUGCUAGUUUUACAUCGUUUUACAUUUAGUAUUAAAACAAGGCCUUAGUUAGAGAAUCCAUUUCUCCCUUCACUAUGGGUAUUGUCCAGAGGGGACGAAUUAUUCGGGGGCGAAUAGUCCUAGGGAACGAAUUGUCAUGGGACAAGUUGUCCUAGGACGAAUUGUCCCGUACCCCCGUAUAUCGAGAAUUGGGUAUAAACAAUAACGUUGGCCAUGGGGCAGGUGCUCGAAGUUAUCUAUUUUGGCCGAGUAUAACCAGACACCAGACGAAUAUACUAAAACGUGAGUUGUACGGUUUUACCACAGUCUAUGAAUAGUGAUAAUACCAGUGAUAUUCUUGGUACUAUAGAUUGGAAAUGAACAUGAAAGGAAAUGGGGUUUAACGUCCUACUUUUCUGUUCCGACAGGUCUGUUGAAGACGGACAUACGUCAUGCAGUGUUCUACUGCCUACUCUUAUUUCAACUUUCAACUGCACGUCAAGGGUUCUUUUAUGGGACCUCGGCGUUUCGUCCCAUCCGAAAGACUACACGCCCAACACCACUGACAUGGGGGAACCAAGUAGGAAAAGGAAAAUGCCGAGGAACUUUCUCGACCAACAUCGGGAUCGAACACGGACCUCCAUGUUAGUGAGGCAACGUCCUCCUCACCGAGGCAUGGCGACACCCACUAUAAAUUUGGAUUAUUAGUCUUGUUUGAGUUUGGCCGAUGCUGUUUAAAACGUCUUUAAUGAAAUAUAUAUAUAUAUAUAUAUAUAUAUAUAUACAAAUACAAUGAUUGCGCGAAUUCAUAUGACCGCAUUGUCCUAAAUUUGUGUGACGACUUGCCUGGGUUUGUGUGAACGCUUUUCUAGAAUUUAUGUGACCGCCUUGCAGGAAUUUAUGUGACCGCCUUGCUAGAAUUAAUGUGACUGUUUUGUUAGAAUUAAUGUAUUUAUGAGACCGCCUUGCUAGAAUAUAUAUACCCACACUGACAGAAUAUUUGAGCAUAGAAUACUCAAGCAGUUAUUUAAAGUAAAAAAACAUGUGUUGUUUUCUGGGAUUGCCAUCGAAUGUAUUUUAUAAAUUUCAUCAGGUUAAAACAUCUCCUUAAGACUUCCAGCCGCGAGAGCAUUCAGAGCCAUGGUGAUUCUGCCCAGAACUUUUAUGCACGAUUAUCAAGACAGUGGGUGUUCUUUAUUCGACUUUGUUAAAGCAUCAAAUUAGUUAUCAAAUAUUUUUUGUACCAUAAAUAAAUUUUAAUUGAUUAUAUUGUUUAUACUUGUGCAAAACAAAUAUGCCCGUUUUUAUAUGCCCACAUUUUUCAUGUGGACGUAUAUUGUCGUCGCCCCUGUCCGUCCGUCAACAAUUUGUUUGUGGUCACUCUACAGGUCACAAUUAUUAUUUGAUUUUGACGAAACUUAAAAUAUAGGUCUAUCUCCCAAAGAUCUCGGUUCCUUUCGAUAUUACCAUGUAUCGGACAAUAACUUCAUGGAUCAUAGCCCCUGAUUGUACGAAAAAUCACGUUUUUAGAUUGUGGACACUCGAGAGGUCACAAUUUUCAUCCAAUUUUGAUGAAACUUGAAAUACAUGUUUAUAACCCAAAGAUCUUGGUUCCUUUUGAUAAUCGCGCAUAUCAGAUCGUAACUUCCUGAAUUAUGGCUCUUGAAUGUACGAAAAAACGCGCUUUUAGCUUUUGGUCCCUCUAGAGGUCGCAAUUUUUAUUCGAUUGAAAAAAAAAACAUUUGAAUAUUUCAGCGUUACACCCUAAUCACGGCUGAGUUAGUAUUUCGUGAAAAUCGGACCAAAAUCUACCGAGAGUGAUAUCGAGCCAUAGCGAUGAACGAAGCAGUUUUAAACGGUUUUGUACUUUCAGUGAAAUAAUCAUAAACAUAAUUAUGCAAGAGCUAAAUCUGUCUAUUUCAGGUCUUUCUUUAGGCCUGAAAUGUUAUUUAAAUUAUUCAUUAGACAUUAAUUAACCUAUCCAGGCCAUAAUCAACUCUAGAUGAUAUCGCUAGCCUGCGAUCUUUAGUGGAUUGUGAGCCGAUUUACUGCAUAACUUUACUUCACGAUUUAACGAUUACAUGGAUAAUCGAGACUAUGGUGUUUAUCGUACUGACUUUAGUAAUGAUGAUCGAGGGUAGGCGGAAAUUUCAAUCGCUUAAUUCUCGGUCAUAGUGGAUCAAUUUGAGUGAACUUUUCAGUAAAUUGCCUUUACAUUAUCCAGUUUUUAACUAUACUAUGGUGUGAUGUGGAUCUGCCCGAGGAAAAGAAUACUAUUUUCUCAAGUUCAUACUUAUAUAACAUCAACUAAACGAUUUACCUAACUUCCAUUUAUAAUAUUAUAUGUAGUUCCGGUGCACUCU